UUUAUAAUUUUUUUAAAUUGCCGCGAUACAAAUUUUCCCUGUGAUGUGCGCCAGAGAUCUUUCAUCGGUUGCGCGAUUGGUCUGUUCAGUCGCGUCAUCUACUCGCACACGGUGUCGCGAUUGGCUCGGUCAAUCGGCGCGCUCGUUGCUGAUACGUCCAGAGGACGAUGUACACGAUAUCCAGCUGCGAUACGUCUGAAUGGACGUGUGGUAACGGUACCCUCGUAUUAGGUUGGCGGGGGCAUUCUCGCGAUUCUCGCCAUUUUCUGUUCGGUGCCCAAGAUUCAUCGUCGUUACGCCCGUCGUUCAUCGUCGUUGGGGCGUCGACUCGCAGUCGAGGGUUCGUCGUUUAUUGUUGGUUAACGCGAGCGCGACGUCUUCCACGGCGUCACACCACUCCACCAAACAGCGAUGAAUCAAUCGCGAAAUUUCACGUCACUGCUGAACCCAAGCUACCUGCAGAACGCCCAGCAACAGCAGCAACAAAAUGCCGCAAGCGUGAACUCGGCAUCUGCAUCUGCAGCGGCGGCAGCCGCGGCGGCCGCCGCCGCGGUAAGUGCGGCAAUCGCGAACGGAACUCAGUUGAACGCGAAUGCUGUAAACGCCGUCGUAUCACCGGGCCGAAAGCGGGAAGCGGAUGGAUUCCUUGCAGGCGAUGGUAAACAGGAGAAAGAUUCGAAAGAGGGAGAACGUAGGAAGAGGAAAAAGACUAGAUGGGGUGGUAGUGAACAUGACAAAACAUUUAUACCAGGGAUGCCAACUGUACUACCAACAAAUCUGACUCCUGAACAGGAGAAGGCUUAUCUCUUUCAGCUGCAGAUUGAGGAAAUCAGCAGGAAGCUACGCACUGGAGACCUUGGAAUUCCGCUUAAUCCCGAGGAAAGAUCCCCAUCUCCAGAGCCCAUUUAUAGUAGCGAUGGUAAACGGUUGAACACAAGAGAAUAUCGUACAAGACGUAAAUUAGAGGAAGAACGUCACAAUCUGAUACAGAAGAUCCUUAAAAUCAAUCCAGAGUUUAAGCCACCACCAGAUUACAAACCACCAAUAAUACGAGUUCAUGAUAAGGUAAUGAUCCCUCAGGAAGAGCAUCCUGAUAUAAAUUUUGUUGGUUUACUUAUUGGACCACGUGGAAAUACUCUAAAAUCUAUGGAAAAGGAAACUGGCGCAAAGAUUAUAAUUCGUGGAAAGGGAUCCGUGAAGGAGGGAAAAGUUGGGAGGAAAGAUGGACAGCCUUUACCAGGCGAGGAUGAACCUUUGCAUGCAUAUAUUACUGCAAAUAAUCUAGAUGCUGUGAAGAAAGCUGUGGAACGAAUUCAUGAAAUUAUUCGGCAAGGAGUGGAAGUGCCAGAAGGUCAAAAUGAUUUGCGACGUAAUCAAUUACGUGAGCUGGCUUUAUUAAACGGAACAUUACGCGAGAAUGAUGGACCUCGUUGUACUAAUUGCGGUGCCUCGGAUCAUAAAUCUUGGCUGUGUCCCGAUAAACCAAACGUGACAAACAAUAUAGUGUGUUCAAGUUGUGGUGGUGCAGGACAUAUUGCUCGAGAUUGUAGGUCAAAAAGACCUGGUCAGGGAGGUCCAGCGGCCGCUGGAAUGGGAGGAAUGGGUCAAGCCGGAGAUAAAGCCAAAAUAGAUGAGGAAUACAUGUCACUCAUGGCGGAAUUGGGAGAGGGUCCACCGCCGGACAGGUCAAAAACUGGACAAAAUAGACCAAAUCCUAAUCCAAAUCCUAAUUAUCCCGGACUUUUUGACAGACAACAGCCACCUCGCGCAUUGAUGGCUGCUCCGGCACAUCCGCCGCCGCAAAUGAUGCAGGGCGGCCCGAUGAUGCCGCCGCCGAACAUGGCUCCACCACCAUGGAGUCAGGGAAAUGAAGGGAUGAACAACAUGAACAUGCAAUGGCAGCCCCCGGUGAGCAUGCCGCCACCGCCAGGUGUAAUGCAACCACCGCCACCGCCACCUGGUUCCACAACACAGCCCAACAUUCCGCCAUUAAUGCCAUGGAUGGCCGGUAACAAUCAACCACCACCACCAGGUCAAAUGCCACCUACGCAGAUUCCACCACCCGGAAUGGGCAUACCACCAUGGCAACAGAGCCAGCAAGGACCGAUGCGACCGCCACCUCCCGGCACAGCACCACCCCCAGGAUUCCCUGGUGGUUGGCAGCCUCAACAGAUGGGCGGCUGGCCACCGGCUGCCCCAGUCCCACCUCCUCCUCAACAACAGACUCCCGCACCACCUGGGAUUGAUCUGAACACGCUGCCAACGUUACUGGCACAACCGCCACCACCACCUCCUCCCACCAGUUAGUGUAACGUAGUUUAAUCUUGUAGAUUGACUUCCGAUCUAUAUAAUAACAAGACGAUGUCAUUGAGAUAGAGAAGAAAUUGAUGAAGACGAAAAAAUGGAAGAGUAAAAGUUGAAAAAGGCAUUAUAUCUUAAUAGGAAGUCAUAAAAAGAGAUGGAGAUAGAUGAGAAACUAGGAAUAAUGUAAUUAUGUCGUAACAUUAAUUUGAGCGAUCUGUUUAUACUUCGUUUUUUUUCACGUGUAAUCUUGCUUUAUUAUAAAGAUACUUUGAUGUGAUCAUUAAAAAAAUUUUGCGAGCUACACAUAUAGAAUAUGUAGCUAAGAAAAAUUCAAAAAUCGUAUUCAUUAAUGGAACGUAAAUUUAUCUAGUUAUCAACUUUAUUGCAAAUAAACUAAAAUUUCAUACAAGGUAUCAUGUGAAUAGCAUAAUGUUGCAAACUUAUGACUUGUGACGCACGAAUCCUCCCGUAAGACAUAAGUGAUUCUAAAUAUGUUUUUUUCUUGUUUUACUUCUGAUGUUUCAUUUCCGAACGUCGCUUCCGAAAUCGAAUCUAUCAAUGUUGGAAAAUUGUAACAUAGGUAAAAACACUUGUUCAUAUAUUUUAUUUAUAUAUAUAAUACUCUAAAAAUACUAUACAUAUUACAAUUCAUAACUUUUAGCACAUAAGUAUAUCAAUAAUAUUGUUUUUGAUUAAGAUGAAAUUGCAGAAAUGAUCAUUUCUGCGGCAUUCAUAUUUCAGGAUGUAUGCCAACUUAUUUGUAAAUUAGACAUAAAAACUUACAGUCUGAAUUUUUCGAGCACUGAAAGGUUUCUGAUAUUUUAAUGUUCGUAAGAAAAGAAAAAGUUCGGAAUAUUGUACAAGAACGUCAAUUGCGAAUUAGAAUCGCGCGUUAGACGAAUGUCUACAAGCGACGCAGGACAAUACAAACCCAUUGGCGACUUUAGAUUUAGUCCACUGAAUCAUAUGUAUCAAAGUAUGUAUAAUCUUUGAUCAUAAAUAUUCAGAUUGUACAUAUAUAGAGUGAUCCUUAAAAUCCAGAAAAUUUUAGGAGUGAUUUCUUACAUUAAUUUAAGAUGAAAACCGUAUGUUCGAAAUAACUUAGUUUCGAAGGUAUAGAGGGAUCAAAAAUACAAAGAAUCAAAAUUAAAGAAAAUAUUUGAUUUUUUAACAAAUACUCAGAUUAUUUUCAUAAAACUUUGUGUAUACUUCAAGGACGUGAAACCUCGCUGUCAAAUUUUUUUUCUUCAAUCGAAAAUGAACUUAAAAAUGAAUAUCUUUUACAUAGAUAUGUCACUAAUUUUUUCAAGUUGAGAAUAUUUUAUGAUGAAUGAAAUAAAUCAGCACAAAAAUGAUCGUUUUAUUAUUUUCCAUAGACUCAUUUUUAAGAAAAAAUUUUGCUUUUUACAUUUUUACAGGUAUUUGUCUUAAAGAUUAAUUAUUAGUUAAUGGAUCAAAACAUGAAAACAACUCGUAAAUCUCAACAUUAAAAAAAAUUUUCAACUUCGAUACUUUGGAUCCUUAAAACUAAAACAUUUCGCACAGAAAUCACUCUUUAAAAUAAUUAAAAUACUUAAGGAUCAUUCCGUAUAUUUUUAAUUAUAAUUGUCUUAUGACACGAGCGAAUUCGUGUAUUUUAGUACCAAAAAGAGCUUUGCUAAAGUAAUGUAAUUCAAUUUAACAAACAAAGCAUCACGAAUCCUUGAUUUCGUAAGCGGCAUUUUAUUUCUUUCAAAGACGAAUAAAAGAAUCAUAUACUGUUCAUUCGUCAGUGUCACGAUGGAGACAUUUGAAAUUACAAACGUCCAAGCGCAAUAAUUUCUUACUACAAAUGUUAAUCACGUGUUAAAAGAGAUUUUAGACAAGGUGAUUUGCGAAGGUUCGAACCGCGUAUAUUACUUUGUGCUACAUUAGUAUUACAUGUGUUGAAUGUAUAAUGAAUUAAAUUAUGGUUAGAAAUAUGCUAUAGGUUGCUUACUAUGUAUUCUAAUUACAUAAUAAACACAUAUGAAACGGU